ACGCCGGACGCAGAAUGGGACGCGGGCGGGCCAAGCAGCCACCAAUUUCAUCAGGCCCGGAACACUGCCUGCCGUCCUCCAGAAGCACAACUUAAAAGACAUGCAGCGCUAUCCACCCGCCAGCCCGUGCUCUUUCCCGCACUCCCUGCCCGACCUCCUCGCUCGACGUUCCUCCCAGCGAGAUGGCUGAACUCACCGCAAUGGACAAGGCUUCCACAUCCAGCACGGGCCCCGAGCUCGAGAAGGGCGCGCCCCCUGCCGCCGUGUACGCGCUCGACGAGAAGCGCCGUGCAGCGCUCGCCGAGGUUGACAACGCCAAGUUCAGCUGGUUCCAUGUGAAGGUGUCCAUGGUGGCGGGUGUCGGCUUCUUCACCGAUGCCUACGACAUUUUCGCCAUCAACAUCGCGUCGACUAUGCUGGGAUACCUCUACGGCGGCAAGGGGACGGGGGCAUCUCGCAUCCUCACCUCAAACCAGUCGCUCGGUGUCAAAGUCGCGACCCCGAUUGGUAACAUCUUCGGCCAGUUCUUCUUCGGCUGGAUGGCAGACUUGGUCGGCCGUAAGCGAAUGUACGGUAUCGAGCUCAUGAUUAUCAUCAUCGCGACUUUCGGUCAGGCUGUCGCAGGCCAGGCGAAGGCCAUCAAUAUCCUGGGUGUCAUCAUCGUUUGGAGAUUUAUUAUGGGGAUCGGUAUUGGCGGUGACUACCCGCUUUCUGCUGUUAUCUCCUCAGAGUUCGCGUCGAGGCAGAGCCGUGGUCGGCUCAUGACGGCGGUCUUCGCCAACCAGGGAUGGGGCCAGCUCGCCGGUUGCAUUGUCGCAUACGUCGUGGUCGCCGCCGAGAAGCACUCUCUUCUUCGCGACAACGUCGAGAGUAUGAACUCGGUCGACUACAUGUGGCGUCUCCUCAUCGGUCUCGGCUGCGUUCCCGGGGUCAUCGCGCUGUACUUCCGUCUGACGAUCCCCGAGACGCCCCGUUUCACCAUGGAUGUCGAGCGCAACGUCAAGCAGGCAGCACAGGACGUCGAGAACUUCCUCACGACCGGCAGCUACCACGUUGACCCCGACGCCGUCGUGCAGCGCGUGCAGGCACCCAAGGCGAGCCGCCGCGACUUCUUCAGGCACUUCAGCAAGUGGGAGAACGCACGCCAGCUCAUCGGCUGCGCGUACUCCUGGUUCGCCCUUGACAUUGCGUUCUACGGCCUCGGCCUGAACAGCUCGAUCAUCCUCAACGCGAUCGGCUUCGGCACGGUGACCACCACGCUAACGGGCACCGAGUUGGUGUACCAGAAUCUCCGCAACAUUUGCAUCGGUAACAUCAUCCUCUCCGUCGCGGGCCUCAUCCCGGGCUACUGGGUCGCCUUCCUCUUCAUCGACAGGUGGGGCCGCAAGCCGAUCCAGCUCAUGGGCUUCAUCAUGCUCACCAUUCUCUUCGUCAUCAUGGGUUUCGGGUACGACGCGCUGACUGCGACGCGCGCGGGCAAGAACGCGUUCGUGUUCCUGUACUGCCUGGCGAACUUCUUCGAGAACUUCGGCCCGAACACGACGACGUUCAUCGUGCCCGGCGAGGCGUUCCCGACGCGCUACCGCUCGACCGCGCACGGCAUCUCCGCCGCGAGCGGCAAGCUCGGCGCGGUCAUCUCCCAGGUCGGCUUCGCGCAGAUGGCGAACAUCGGCGGGACGAACAAGUUUGUGAAGCACAUUCUGGAGAUCCUCGCGUUGUUCAUGCUGACGGGCGUGUUCUCGACACUGCUCAUCACGGAGACGAAGCUGAAGUCACUCGAGGACAUCUCGAACGAGGACCAGGAUGGCUUCGUCAAGGGUGUCGCCACGCCCGGCGACGCAUAAGCACUCCCACUCCUCUCCUUCGACGGGACACCCCGAUCGCCCCUCCGCGGCCCUCACGCACGCUCGUUCUUGCUCACCUCAUCAUCACCGCAUACCACGCCAUCCCCUCACUGUACGCCGUGCGUGUCGCUUGUCACGAACCUUACCCCUGUGCUACCACUGUUAUGAUCUCCCGAAUCUUUUCGGCUGCGCCUGAGAGCCCUACUGACGUUAUCCUUAUUGAGCUGCGUGUAUUGUAGCGGGAGGUUGACUCGGAGCCCUGUGUGGUCGGUCAAAAGUGUCGCUGGUCUUGUCUGCACACUUAUUGUUGUUCUAUGAUAGAAUCUAAUGCUGAUCGACUGAAGACUGCAACGCCG